GUGCAGGUUGUUGCUUGAUCAUGAUUCUGAGGAGGAAUCAGAGGGAUCUUCUCUGAUCCAUUGGAUUUUGGCAGAUGCAUCAUUCAUAGGGCUGCAAACGAGCCGAGCUGAGCUUUAACCUGCUCAGGUUCCACUUGGCAGACCAGUACUUUGGCUUGCACUCAGGCACUUGCUCAGGUUUGGCUUGGCCAUUGCAAACACAGAAAUUUGGGCUUGAGCUCGGCUCAGGGGUAUUGAAGUGCCGGUUCAAGCUCAGGUGAUCUACUAGGCCUGCAUUUCAAAUGCUCAAACCAUCUAAGUCGCCUCUCUCGUAUCUUGUUUUCAACUGGUGGAAUUUGCGAGCCGGCUAGUCUUAAAAAGAAGGUGUGGGCUCUUUGAUUGAUUGAAUUUUAAUGAGCGAUGCAACUACUGUGAGUGGCUACCGUGCUCCAUGCGGACCAUAAGAAGAGCCAGUCGAAGACGAUUACCAGUCGUCGUUGAAGUUCCAAGUUGCGACCAAACCUCUUCCCACUACUGAGUCUCUCUUCAGUCUUCGUGCAUCGAGGAGUUUGUGUUUUGUUGGACUAUGGAUGUCAGAAGCUGCUUUCUCAUUUAAUGAUGGAAACUGAGGAUUUAAUUCACCUCACUGCUACUCGUGGUUCUGAAAGUGAGAACAACCUUCAUGAGUCUAAUAAUGAGCCUAACGAAGCAGAUCCUGGUCCUAUGAAUUCCAAGGUUAAAGAAUAUGAACUGAAAGUUGAAAACCAGGGGUCUGGCAAGGGAAAUAUUGAAAUUGAAGGUGGACAAGUUGUAGAAGGAACAGACAUUGAAAAGGAUAAGGUUGACUGUCAAUCUGUUCUGCAAGAGAGCAUCGAAGUGACUGAAACUGUUGCUGUUGAACUAAGCUCAAGAGUGCAUACCGAGAAUGGUUUCUCGACUGCUCAAGAUGAAGCUCCUGUCAGCAAUCUUAGUAUAGAUGGAAGUCCUGUAUUAGGUGUUAAGAGAGCAAGAACGACAUUUGAUGAACAGAAUCCUUCGGUACAUAUUAUCUAUAAUUCCUUAACAAGAAAUAGUAAACGGAAGCUUGAGGAAUUAUUGCAGCAGUGGUCAGAGUGGCAUGCUAAACAUGCCUCAUCCAAAUUUGUUCAGGAUUCAAAUGAAGUGCUUGAAUCAGGUGACGAGACGUAUUUUCCUGCUCUGCAUGUUGGUCUGAGCAAAUCUUCUGCUGUGUCAUUUUGGAUGGACAGUCAGACAACCAAACAAUCUAACAAGAAUCUCAUUUCACCGGAUGGUGACUCUGUGCCUCUUUAUGAUCGUGGAUACGCAUUAGGUUUGAUUUCAGAGGAUGCUGCAGGAAAUCCAGAAAGGUGCUUGGAAAUAGUAGAUGCUGCUCGUUGUUUCAAUUGCGGUUCCUACAGUCAUUCUUUGAAGGAAUGUCCAAAGCCUCGUGAUAAUGCUGCAGUCAACAGUGCUCGCAAGCAACACAUUUCUAAACGUAAUCAGAAUGCUGGUCCUCGAAAUCCUGUUCGAUAUUAUGAAAAUUCUCCGGGUGGAAAGUAUGACGGUUUAAGGCCUGGUUCUCUUGAUGCCGAGACACGGAAACUUUUGGGUCUUAAGGAGCUUGAUCCGCCUCCUUGGCUGAACAGAAUGCGAGAAAUUGGAUACCCACCAGGAUAUCUAGAUCUGGAAGAUGAGGACGUACCAUCAGGAAUUACAAUAUUUGCUGAUGGGGAAGCUAAGGGGGAGGAUGGUGAAAUCCUGGGAGCAGAAUGUCCUGAACCCAAGAGGAAAAUGAGUGUUGGAUUCCAAGGAAUAAAUGCGCCCAUCCCAGAAAACGCUGAUGAAAGACUCUGGGCUGCUGGGUCAUCAAAUUUUGAUGUGUCCAGGAAUCAAUCACACCGCAGACAUAAUCAUUCAUCAGAAUCUUUCAGCAAGGGGCACUAUCACGAGCAAAGAAGGUUCCGGGAUGAGGGACCUCCAGGCUGUGACCAAGAGUUCAGCCCCUCUAUGUCCAGUGGCAACCAAUCACGGCAUGGCAGCUACGACACUAGUUACACUCCGUACAGUUCGAGAGAUUAUUUUCCAUUACCAGGAAGUCCUGCUCUUGGGAGGUCUCUAUCUGAAAGAGGUAGAAGGAGCCCUUUAAUCCAUGAAGGAUCCCAAAGUUAUGGUUCUUUGCCAUUCUCGUCCCCAAACAGCCAGUUUUCCCCACAAAAUUAUAGUUCUGCCCGACAUGAAAGCCGAAAUGAUUUUAGCUCUGAUUAUUUGCAUCACCACAGGGAUAGACAUGAUGGGCAUCGCCAUCAUGGCAGGAGGUGAGUGUAAUUGUUAGUGCAGAUCUUGCGCCAUAACAUGCUUGCAUAAGAGAUGUCAUUGGCGUAAUUUGAUGCGAGUUUUGUACAAAGAAUUGUUUGAAAUUCCAACCGUGACUUGAAAUUGGGCAUCUAUGUUCAUUUGGAUUAUGUUUCAGACCUUACCGGUAUUGGGCUUGGGGAUUUCUGCAGUUUUUUUUGUGAAAUCAUUCAAAUCUAAUCGUAUGAUUUGCAGGUUA